AGCUCGCAGUCACUUUACAUAUUUACAUACAGGCCGCCCUGCAAUACACGUGGAGGCCGUUACGAACACACAACGUGAGCACACUGUCUUGAGCUGAAGCUUGUAUUGCCUACAGAUGCCAUACCUCUGAAACUCGGCACAUUCCAACUGCUUCGAAGAUCUAAGAGAAGACACAAGGAUGUACUCUGAUGAGAUCAUAGACGGUGUGGGGGGAAUGUCACGGUUCCAGAUCACCAUCAUGCUGCUGGUCAUGGUUCCUAAAGGAUUGAUAGCAUGGGGAAUGUUGAUGAUGUCGUUCGUGGGAGUGGACCCUGAAAAAUGGUGGUGCACGGACAUCGUCAGCGAUGCUGCUGAUAACGUCGACGUCAGCAACUACACUGGCCUGAAGGCGUGUCCGGCAACAGGCAACGAAAGCACAUGUACUUUUGUGUACAGCCAAGAGAAGAACACUGCCAUCAGUGAAUGGAACCUGUUAUGUGAUAUGGAAGGGAUCAAGCCAUUGAUAACAGCAGUUCAGAUGACGGGUGUGCUGAUUGGGGCGUUCAUUAGUGGUCAAUCUGCUGAUGUCAUUGGGAGAAAGAAGACCUACUACAUAUCUUUGUUCCUCCACGCAGGGUUCAACUUGACUGCAGCAUUUUCAGUAUCAUGGCAGAUGUUUAUUGCGUUAAGAUUUUGUAUUGGAUUGAUGGUUGGUUCAUUCCUGGUGGUGAGCUUUACCUACACAAUGGAGUUCAUAGGGACCCGCUGGCGUCCAAUCAUCGCCGCUAUUCCCUUCUGGCCCGUGGAUCUGCUCUGCUUUCUCUCACUUGUUGGUUACGUCCAAACUGGUCCGAUCUUCACAUCAUACUGGCAGCCAUUCAAGUUCCCUUUUUCUUUGGUUAUCUUUCAUGGUAAGCUGGAGGAAGCAGAGAAGGUGGUAGAUCAGAUGGCUCGGUACAACAAGAAAGAGAAGCCAGCAAACACCGCAAUCCUCCUGAAGAAACUGUCAGAUGAAGAAAGGAGAGGCGGCGACUCCGACCGUAAAUACAGCUAUUUGGAUAUCUAUCGUGGUUGGAGUAUGUUCAGGAAAUCUAUUGUUCACCAAGUUAUAUGGUUACUAGUGGCCUUCGUAUACUAUGGCAUCUCCUUCGGCGUUGGGCGCUUGACUGGGAACCUAUAUGUCAACAUGUUCCUCGUAUCGGUGAUCUCUUUGCCCAGCGAAAUGGCCGUGUUCUUCUUGAACAACAAUAUGAUGACUUUCGCUGGGGUGACACCGCAACUGUGGUGGUGUGUGAACGAAAUGACCAGCGGCGCCAGUAAUUACACAGGAUUGAAGCAGUGCUCAGUUGGUGACAAUAGCACUUCGUGUUCUUUUGUGUACAGCACGGAGAAAAAUACUGUUGUAACUGAGUGGGACUUUGUCUGCGACAGGGCAGGAAUCAGGUUGUUCAUCACAUCAGUACAAAUGGGAGGUGUUUUGCUAGGAGCCAUCAUAAGCGGCCAGUCUGCUGAUGUUAUUGGCAGAAAGAAGACCUUUUACAUCGCUCUGCUGUUACACGGAGGAUUCAACUUGGUGGCUGCAUUUUCAGUAUCAUGGCAGAUGUUUAUUGUGCUAAGAUUUCUGAUUGGAGCAAUGGUUGGUUCAAACUUAGUGGUGAGCUAUCCAUACACAAUGGAGUUCAUAGGAAAGAGUUGGCGCCAGAUAACAUCUGUUGUUCCGUUCUGGCAAGUUGGAUCGGCUCUGUUUGCAAUGUCGUGUUGGCUGCGUCCGGACUGGUCAGAUCUACAUAUCAUACUAGCAGCUUUACAUAUCCCUUUCUUGGCCUGUUGGUUUGUUGCACCAGAAAGUUUGCGGUGGCUUGCAGUUCAUGGUAAGCUGGAAGAGGCAGAGAAGGUGGUAGAUCAGAUGGCUCAGUACAACAAAAGAGAGAAGCCAGCCAAUACUGCCAUUCUCCUGAAGAAACUAUCAGAAGAAGAGAAAAGGGGAAAAGAAUCUGAUCACAAAUACAACUAUCUUGACAUCUAUCGUCACUGGAAUAUAUGCUGGAAAUCCCUGGUUAUUCAGGUGAUCUGGAUGUGCAUGUCGUUUUCGUUUUAUGGAAUUACAUUCGGCGUGGGAAACCUGAUGGGGAACCUUUACCUCAACAUGUUCCUGGUUUCUGUCAUAGCUGUACCUGGAACAGUCAUGGUGUUCUUCCUAAGUAGCAGAAUCGGAAGGCGAUGGACAACAUUCUUGUUUUUCACUGUAGCUACUGUUGGUGCAUUUGGAGUGGUUAUUGUAUCAAGAGUCGUUUCCAGUGACAGCAUCCGUGGACCAGCAACAACGACAAUGGCUCUGAUCUGUAGGCUUGGAGUAGCGACAGCCUGGAACUCCUUUCAGAUGACUACGAGUGAAACAUACCCGACAGUUAUCAGGAAUCUGGGUUAUGGUGCUGCAAACACUGCUGCCCGUGUAGGGAGUAUCGUGUCUCCUUAUGCAUUUGCCAUGGGAGGUGAAGACCUUUUGCCCCCAUUCGUUAUUGUCGGAUCCACUAUGGUAGUCUGUACACUAUUAACAUUAUUGUUGCCUGAGACGAAUAAUACCGUACUGGCUGACACCACAGACAGGACGUCGGGAAGACGCUACACGAUUGAUGGAGAUGUUGAAGGAAAGAAAGCUAAAGACAGUUCAUUAGAGAUUUGAUACUGUAAAUCAGUCAUCAAUACUGGAGGUUACUGCGGUUCUGCUGCACAAUGUACUUUUGUUUAAUCAAAGAGUGGCGAUUGUAACCAGGGAGCUGACUUAAAGAGUUAUUUUAUUUUUGCGUAUGAUUACAACGAAACGCUUUGACCUACAGUGUUGGGACAUUAAGGGAGCUUAUAUCCUAAAUCAUACAGAUUCGUUGGGAUUAGUAGAUUUACUAGUAGAUAUAUACUUUUAAUAUUGAAGGGUACAUUGGCUUCUGGUAAUAGCAGUAUGAU